AUGUGGAAAGCGAGUGUACGGUCAAGUGGUUAUCAAAUAUCUGUGAGAGAUGCAGCUUGUAAAUUCUGUUCGAUGACAACGACGGCUACAGACAAUGGAAAAAUCGGUACAAUUUGUGACCUUGAUGAUGGAGCAGUCAAACGAGAACUUCGUUGUGACGGAAAAAACUUUUCGUUUGAUUGUCCUACUGGUUAUCAACGUUCAUCGGAUGAUGCCGGAGUUGGUUUUUGUUAUAAAGUGGAUCCGACAAUUAAUGAUUCAAAGGAAGUUACACGUUAUACAUUAAAGAGAGCAAAUGUUCAAGAACAAGAGAAUGAUGAUAAAGAAAUGAUAAUUGAAAUAUGUGAACAUUGUGAUGUAAAAGGUUUUUUUUGGGAAAAAUUCGAAUUACACCACUUCCCAUCUGAUACUCAAGAACUAUCGGUGUCCAUAGCUGCAUCAUACUACGAUGAUAAACUGAUAUUACAAAUAGAUAAUUAUCGUCAAUCUGGAGUUAAUCGAGAAGUAUUUGUUGAUCAAUAA